AUGGAGGGCGGCGUCAUCUCCGAUUGGCAGAGCAAAAGGGUUGCUGUGGUGACGGGCGGGAAUAAAGGGAUCGGGCUGGAGGUGUGCCGGCAGCUGGCCAGCAAUGGCGUCGCCGUCAUCUUGACAGCCAGGGACGAGGCGAGGGGCGCAGCCGCCGUCGACAUGCUCAGAGCAGCUGGGCUUUCCGAUGUCAUCUUCCACCAGCUGGAGGUCACCGAUGCUCGCAGCAUCGCCCGGUUGGCAGAUUUCUUGAAGGCCCGUGUUGGGAAGCUCGACAUCCUGGUAAAUAACGCCGCUGUCGGUGGUGCUGAGUACGUCCCAGACCUUGUUUACCCUUCGGCAAACGUGGAGGAUCCAGUGAGCUCGAUCUGCGUGCACAUCCAAGCAAACAGAGCCGAUAUUCAUCUCUGA